AUGGGACGGCUCGGUUUCAGCACCACGGAGAGCGCCCGGCUUCUGCUGCUCGUUGUGUUCGGUGUGCUGGCGCUGUCCGUGGUGCUGGCGGAGCAGGAAGGGGAGAACCUGUCCGGUCUCUCAGACAACCCAGACAAAGCCAUCUUCGCGGUCCGGGAGAACGGCACGACAUGCUUGAUGGUGGAGUUCGCCGUGAGAUUCCUCGUGCCAUAUGACGUGCUCGCGCUCAAUGGGAUAGACCUGAUCACAGAGCAAGCGGCGUUCACUCUGCCCCGUGGUGCAGAAAUCGAGGGGAAAUGUGGGAGCACGGAGUCAGAGAUCCAAAUCACCUGGAAGAACAAGGCCUACACCCUCCGCAUCUACUUCGACACGGAGUUCCGUGACAAGGGCAUUGAGGUGUGGAAGAUCAGCAAGAUCCAGUUCGUCUAUGACACCUCGGAGACAUCGCAUUUCACUAACGCGUAUAACCCUGGGAAGCACACAGCCAACACCCACCACCUCUUGGCCCUGGUGACCCCUUUCGGGCGCUCCUACGUGUGUUCAGCGCAGCAGACUUUCACCCUCAUCUCAAGCGACCACCAGAAGGGUGUCACCAUCUCCAUGUAUGACACCCAGAUCCAGCCCUUCGACAUCGCCUCUGACUUCAUAUUCAGCGAACCCUACAAGUGCAUCACUGACCAGCGGGAGCGCCUGGAGGAAACCCUCCCCCUCAUUCUGGGUUUUAUUUUGGCCCUCAUAAUCGUCAUCACACUCACGGUCUACCACUUCCACCUGAAGCUGACAGCGAACCAGCCCCAGCUGCCCAGAGAUCGCUCCAUGUACAAGAACAUGUAGCCAGCAGCACGGCGGCAGCUCCCUCAGCUCUCCCCAAAGCUAACCUGAUAAAGACUUGUCUCCUCGAUGUCCCAGGCCUAACACCACAGAGGAAAGUGCCAUGCGAUGGACUGAAUCCCUGACAGAGAAAUGUGUGUAGCCUGUACUGAAGGCCUACUGGAACUUUUGAACAGCUAAAACACAAGUUAAUGGGACAGCUUGGGGCCUAGCAUGGAUGUAGUUGCAAACCUAAUUUACCUGACUGCUGAAUUGAAUCUCAAUGCCAUAAAUUCAUAGUUGGUAUUACACUAAUUAGAAUUUUAAUGAAAAUAAAAACAAAUGCUUUUAUGAAAAUAUGAUUGAUUUUGUUUGGA